AUGUCGGGCAUCUCCAACCCACAUCCCAGCCCAAAUGAAGAAUACGCGGAAUACACAGAAUACCCUCUUCCAACCACUCCUAAUCCCAGUGAUCGCCAAAGUCUCGAGCGCGAGGCUACUGCCGAUGCCAACCAAUAUGAUCACCAUUAUGAAGCCCGGCCCGAGCCAUCGGCAAGCCGUCGCGACCGAUCUCAUCGGGUUCGCUUUCGUUCGAUGAGUGUGCGCCGAAAUGAAUCUGCCGCACAUCCCUCGUCGCGCCCGUUAUUACCGCCGGGCCUCAGCGAAGUCCCGCUAUCUGGAACCAUCACCCCGCCAGCCCCCACACAUUCCCGCCGCGGCUCUGGCCUCGCCAACGCACACACCCCCGACGAAGUUAGCGAAUCGGAGAAACAUGAUGUCUUGGGUCAUAUGAAUGGUCAUAUGGACCGCACCACCUCGGCGCGCGACCGAUUCAGAGCUACCGGUCACCUUUUGCGACAGAAAACUAGUCGCUUAACGGAACGGCUCGGUCGCCCCUCGGAUGAGGGUGAGCCGCUCAACGCCUCAUACAUUCCAGACGACCUUGACACCGCUAUCUCACCCGAGGAACUGCAGGCCCGCCGCGAUCAAUAUGAUGCCAACCGGGAGCAGGCAUUGGAGCGUGGCGAGAGUUUUCACGAGCCGCCCCCCAGCGCCGAGGCUCAUCGCUUGGUCCGUAGCAUGACCAUGGAGCUUCACAAGCGCAAACCACGGGGCGCAUAUCAGCGGUCGGGACAGACGACCCCCGAGAAUUUGAUCAGGGACUUUACUCAGCGCAGACGAUCCAGUGGACUCGGCGGCGGCAGCGGUAUUUUGUCGCAGCUGCUGAAGCUCCAAGCGUCCCAGAGCGGAACCUCUUCACGCCCGGAAAGUGUCAUCACCGAUGACUCUGACAGCGACACACAGGUCUCUUCCGGUGUCUCCACUCCCAAGAAGGGUUCUAUCACGCCCCCUUGCCCUGCGUCCCAGCCAGUCUCGGGUACUGCGACCCCGCGCAAGGAGAAGCUCAAAUGGUAUAAGAAAUCGUCUCAUCGGUCCACCGCCUCGCUGAUCAAUGCUUCCAUGAACCUGAGCACGGCCAGUCUGCCUGCUGGAGUGGAGGCCGCUCCGGGUGUAUACAAGAAGCACAAGAAGCACAAGAAGCACAAGACCCGUCUGGAAGAUGAGAUCCGUGUCACCGUCCACAUCGCAGAAAUUAUCGCACGUCAGCGGUAUAUCAUGCAGCUGUGUCGUGCACUUAUGCGUUACGGUGCGCCGACCCAUCGUCUAGAGGAGUACAUGCAAAUGACCGCCCGGGUGUUGGAAGUGUCGGGCCAAUUCUUAUAUCUGCCCGGUUGUAUGAUCAUGUCUUUUGAUGACCCUACGACACGCACGGCCGAAGUCAAGCUCGUGCGAAUGGCUCAGGGAGUCGACCUGGGUCGUCUUGCUGAUACCCACAACGUUUAUAAGAAUGUCGUCCACGAUCUUAUCGGCGUCGAAGAGGCGACUCAAGAACUAGACGAGAUCAUGCAGCGCAAGCCUCGAGUCAACAAAUGGGUCUUGGUCCUGGUGUACGGUCUUGCUAGUGCGACUGUUGGCCCGUUCGCUUUCAUGGCGCGACCAAUCGAUAUGCCCAUCAUCUUCUGUCUCGGCUGCAUUGUCGGACUGAUGCAGCAUGUUCUUGCGCCACGGUCUACCCUCUACUCCAAUGUCUUUGAGGUUACUGCUGCUAUCGUGACUUCCUUCCUCGCCCGCGCAUUCGGUAGUAUCAUGGUUCACCGUAACGGUAAAUCGGAACCACUUUUCUGCUUCUCCGCUAUGGCGCAAUCAUCCAUCGCUCUGAUUCUCCCUGGAUUCAUGGUUCUUUGUAGCAGUCUGGAACUGCAAUCUCAUCAGAUCAUCGCUGGUUCGAUCCGCAUGGUGUAUGCCAUUAUCUAUUCCCUCUUUUUGGGCUACGGUAUCACGGUGGGGACUACGAUCUAUGGGCUAAUGGAUGGCAAUGCGACAUCUGCAUCCACGUGUUCAGGCAUGGAUGUCUACGGCUCGAUAUACGUGCGCACAUUCCCCUUCGUGGCCAUCUACGCUAUUUUCCUAGCCAUUGUGAACCACGGAAAAUGGAAGCAGAUGCCCGUCAUGGUGUUUAUCGCUUUGUCCGGGUACGUUGCCAACUAUUUCAGCAGCACCAAGCUCGGCAGCAAUUCAGAAGUCGCCAAUACUGUCGGCGCAUUCACGAUCGGUGUCUUGGGCAAUCUGUACAGUCGUCUCUGGCAUGGUCAUGCUGCCACUGCCAUUCUUCCUGGUAUAUUUGUGCUGGUCCCUUCUGGUCUUGCUUCUAGUGGAUCUUUGAUCGCUGGCAUCAGAUAUGCCGACGAGGUCCGUCAGAACCUCAAUAAAAAUGGGACCAGUUCAAAUUCCGGUUCUUAUUCCGACACUUCAGUUGCCAGUCUUGGUUUCGGCAUGAUCCAAGUCGCGAUCGGUAUCACAGUCGGACUGUUCAUCGCGGCUUUGGUUAUCUAUCCUUACGGCAAGAAGCGAACUGGUCUGUUCAGCUUCUAG